AUGCACAAGCAAGGCAGAAAAAGAAAGUCGCGUUCUGCCAAAGCCAAGGCUUAUCGUAUGAUCGUGCAACGACCUCUAGCUCCCCUCGAGAGGUUGCCGUGCGAGAUUUUAGGUCGCAUUUUCAACUGGAGCUGCAAUAUCAACCUACCUAAGGCCUCGUGGCAUUUGAUGAAAAGGCUUGAAGAUCAUCCAAUAUACAUGUUGAUGCUGGCUUUCAGCUCGGAAGCAAUUUAUGUCGCGGAGGAGAAGAGAUCAAGCCAUUUCUAUGCGCGAAACAUCGUACUGGCCGGGCUACCUACCUUGUCCACCGAAGAGCGUAUCCGCCUCCAGGCUGAAGUAUUUGCCAAGAAGUGGCUACAACCCCAGCUCGUCAGACGGGUUCAAUCUCAUUUCGUGCAGGAAGUCAUUCGAGCUCGCUGGGCUGCGUUGUGUCUGGAAAAGAGUUAUGGGACUUUCAAAAUUCGACCUAGUCAGCGGGCGCUAUGGUGCGAGACGAGGACGGAAGAGGCGCAAGUUUGUUUCGAAGUAGCUGCAGCACAUUUUGGGGUCCUCGAAGAUCAGGGGAUUGUUCAAUUUAUACCCGACUGUGGAAAAGAAGUGGAAGAGUUCUAUUCAUUUCCAGCCUGCGAUGAACAAUCUGGCACGGAUGAGGACGAGAAUCUUGGUGCUCCAUUCCCCGAUCAUUGGUAUGCUGGUCCCUGGACAAGGAAAGAGAGGGCACUUAUUGUCCAAUUCGCAGAAAACCGCUACAAAGGGCAUCUUGCGCCCAGCCCGACCAAUUCUGGGAACUUUGCCUCCUGGAUGCUCCAUGUAGCCAUGCUGGAGCAGAGAAUAGGUGUGCUUCUCAAAUACCUUGUCCGUUCACCUGGAAACCCUGAGAACGACUCUGUCCUUUACACAUCCGCAAUCAACCAAAGCCAUUUCGUGAGGCUUUUAUACAAACCGGGUGACGCGGAGUGCAAAGAUAUUCAAAUGGCAGUGCUGCUGUUGGAAGGGUCCGACCAAGAGCCGGUUGACCAAUCGCUCUCGUUUCUGAAACUACGUCUAAGGCAAUGGCUUCAUGCUCGCAGCCCCUUCUGGCGUGAUUGGUGCAGGUCUUCUUCUGUGGAUAGUAGCGGAAGCGUGCAAAACGAAGCAUGA